AUGCCCUCAACAACACCCUCCUCAGGCAUCCAGACGUCGACCAUCGUCCUCGCAACUCUCGGCACCGUCACCACCGCUGCCCUCGCAUACGCCGUCUACUUCGACUACAAGAGGCGAUCCGACCCUGCCUUCCGCCGCUCGCUCAAGCGCCAGCAGAAGCAGGUCUCCAAGGCCGCCAAGGACGAGGCUGUUGCCGCCGAGAAGGGCCAGAAGGAAAAGAUCCGCUCCGUUGUCGACAGCGCCAACGACGAAGGCUUCCCCACCGACCCCGAGAAGACCGAGGAGUACUUCAUGACAGAGGUCGCCCGUGGUGAGCAGAUGUGCCAAGAUGGCUCCGACCCCGUCGAUGCCGCCCUCUGCUUCUACAAGGCCCUCAAGGUCUACCCCCAACCCAGAGAGCUCAUCAACAUCUACGACAAGACCGUCCCCAAGGUACAACCUCCGCUAAAAUGCUCUCCAACCCACUACUCGUGUACUGACAUAUCACAGCCCAUCCUCGACAUUCUCGCCGAGAUGAUUGCCGUCGACAGCAGCAUAAAGGUCUCUGCUGCUCCCGAGUCCGAGCCCGUCGAGUAA